UGGAGGAGAUCCAGUCGGUGCGACGCCACACCAACUCCAUGCUGGACACCUCCAAGAGCCUGAACCCCCCGGUGGUGGUGCACUGCAGCGCGGGCGUGGGCCGCAGCGGCGUGGUCAUCCUCACCGAGCUCAUGAUCAGCUGCCUGGAGCACAACCAGGCUGUGGAGGUCCCCACCAUGCUGUCUGGCCUCCGGCAGCAGAGGAUGCUGAUGGUCCAGACCAUCGCCCAGUACCAGUUUGUCUACCAGGUGCUCAUCCAGUUCCUCAAGAACUCCCGCCUCAUCUGAACCAACGAACCCGUGACGUCAUGUGUGACCGUCGACCCUAACCAGAAAAAACUCCUUUUCGGUUUGGGUUUAUUUAAUAUCGGUUAUAUUUAGAUUGACGGACACGUUCAAAUGUUGGGCAUUAACGUUGGGCAGGCUAAGAAGGAGAGGCUCUGCGUUGGUCUGUCUAGAUAACAGGGCUCUACCUGUGUGGUGCUGUACACGUCUGUGAUUCUCCUUCCUUUGCUCUAAUGUUAGGCGUGCUGGUGUAGUACCCUCCCCCGCCAACAGGAGGAGCCUGCGGGUCGUUGAAAGAGAGUAGAGGAACACCGCAAGGCAGAGAGACGUUAAACAAAAACUAAGGUUUAAAGACGUUAUAGCAGUUGCAUUCCAGGAAAUACAAUUGAUGACAUAAUUUAUUUAGUACAAUAUGAUUUUUAGAAACAAAGUCCCCCGUUUCAGAUAUAACAAAUCAUGUGUCAAGUUACAUAAUCCACGAUGAGCUGUAACUACACACAGAUGGUUAAACAAAUUAUGGAAUCAAUUAGGUAUCAAUAUUUAACAGGUUAUUGGUUCAAGUCUCAACAUUUCAUGACGUUUCAGUUCUACCGUUAUUUAUUAUCUUUCGAAGCAUCAUUUCAAGAAUAAUUUCAUAAUUUCACCUUAACCGAUUCUAUAACUUUUUAAUCUUGCUUGCGCACCGUUUUAAUUUGAAUAGUGUGGCUUUUUAAUAUUAACUCUUAAUUUACAUCAGACUUACUGUAUUCUCAUUAAGAAUUUGUUAGCUAAAUGUGUACAAUACAAUUCCCUCACACAUACACACACACAAACGUAACAACAUACCACACAUCCAUGUUAUUUAUCUAACUUAAAAGAAAAGAUAUGAACUUAUCUUAAACCUCUUUGUUCAUCGAGUUCAACAUUAGCAAAGUCAACAACAUUAAGUAACAAUGGUAGCUGUUGUUGUAGUUUGGUCUAUGGAGAGCCAGAUCGCCAUGGAGACAACGUUGCUCCGAUGACAAAGAAACGGCUCCAAAAUGGAGGGGACGGUUUCUUUGUCUGUUUAACACUGUUUGUGCCUUAUUGACAUUUCUAAAACAAAAGAGAGGGAGUCACUUACUGGUAUUCCUUGUAGCUUAGUUGUAAAAACGACCAAUGUUAGUACUAAAACCCCCAGUGUUUGACACACUAUGCGUUCAGUUCUGUAGACAAAAUCAUAACAUUUCACCAUGGACUACAACAUGGUUUUUCAGUUACUUGACCUGGCUUCUAACCAUUGCCUCCUUUCUGAUGAAGUCUAUGGUAGAAACCCAGGGAAUUGUAUUCAUUUAGGUCAUCAAGGCGGCCAUUUGUAUUUUUGCUACCAACACCAGCGUUGUGUCAGAAAAAGGCGGCCAUUUCCUAGAGCGACUGAUUGAUUCAAACCCACAAAGUAUAGCGUAACCACGUGCCGAAAUCUGUAUACAAAAUAGCCACACUCAGUAGCAGUUCAUUAUGUAUGACUGGCUCUAUUAACCGGUUGUAUUCUUUUCAAACGUAAUGCAAAGCCAGCCAUGUCCAAAGUAUCUCUGUACAUAACGGACGUGAAAAAAAAAAGAUUUCUACGAAUGUCUUUUUAUUACUUUUGUUAUUAUUUUUCGACUUGGUACCCCUAAGCUACCGUAAGAUAAUAAUAUACUAUGCAUGCUUUUUUUUAUAUUCCCUGUAUAUAAAGUAUCCCUCAUCAGAUCAGUACCGGCUUCAAGCUUCACCGCUGAACUCUGCGACAAUAUUUCUCACCCACUGCAUUCCACUUGUUUUGUUUAUUUUCACACAAUAUUUUGGCAAAAUAUCUGGACGGCUUUCAAAAAUUGUAUUGUGUAAAUAUGUUUUGUAUAUGCUUUUUUUUAUUGCAUUAUUGCAUAUUGUAUAUGUCUUUUCUCCCCUUCCCCCCCUUCCAAUCAUGUACAAGCUUUCAAACUUGCCCAUAAUACAAUAAAGCCUUAUUUUCUCUAAGUAUGUGACUUCAGAAUAACGUCUUAUGUUACAAAUGUGAGCCUGUGUUGGCACCUGCCGGUGAGGCGUGAGGAUUAGUACAGAUCUGAACACGAACAGACGCAUGGUAGUUGCAAAAAGGUGUUAAUGCAGAGUCUCACCGUGCCAGGGUCACAGUCCCUGGUGCGUGAUAGGCCACCUGGUUACAAAGCCGCUACGCCUCAUUGGUCGAGAGGGAUUUCGCUGCACCGUUUCCCGCCCACACGUGUAAACAGCUUGAGAUUGAAGCCACGAGUACAAACUCAUUGACCAAUCACAUGCCAAGACAAACAAAUAUCUAGAAAAAACGUUUCUUCCACCUACGGAAAAUAUAUAUACCUACAUUUUGAAUACGUACAAAGUUAUUGGGUACUGUGCAUUUUUAUAUUGUCCGUAGAAAAUGUAAGGUUUUAACUUUAUACAACAACAUUGCAGAAGAAGAGAAUAGGCCUUUAGUUCUGGGAAACGUCCAUUUGCUUUUUUCAGUCCAUAGUGUGACUUUUCUCCUACUUCUUGUUAUUUUAUCUCUUUACGCAACUCUGCCAUGUACUGGUGAUCCUUGCCGUGGGCAACCUCCAUGAUCGCCAUCGCCUAGAUACACACACACACACACACAAACACACACAGACGCACACACACACACAGACGCACAUGCAUACACACACACAAACACACAAAUAAAAUAAAACCCACAUUAUUACAAUGUAUCCGACUCAUCCCAAUUGACUGCUGAUUCA